AUGUCUUUCAUAAAAGAUACUUUCGUCAAGGUUAAAAACGAUGUUGAACAUUUUGGUGAAAAAGAAUGGCAUAAUUGGGGUCAAAAUCAAGAGUUUACUCCUGAUGAAAUUUUUCGUCCUGUAAAUUUGCAUGAUUUAAAAAAAAUUGUCAAAAAAGCAAAGGAAAAUAAUAAGAAAAUUCGUUGUGCUGCUGCGGGUCAUACUUGGAGUAGCCUAAGCGUUACUAAUGGAUAUUUAGUAAUAGUUACCGAUUUGAAUAAAAUUGAGAUUCAGUAUAAUGAAAAAUUGAAAACUUGGACAGCCACUACCGAAGCAGGUGUAUAUCUUAAAGACCUCGAUAAAAAAUUAAGACAUCAUGACCCUCCAUUGACAUUGGAUGCUGCGACUGUAUUGAAUACUGUGACAACAGCUGGCAUCGUGUCGACGGGCUCUCAUGGUGCGAGAUGCUCAAAUUCAAACAUUCCAGAUAAAGUAAUCUCCUUUCAAAUUGUAACUGCCGAUGGUGAACUUCAUGAGUUCUCUGAUGAGAUAGAUCCUGUUGAAAUGAGUGCCGCUAGAAUCAGUUUUGGUCUCUUAGGAAUUAUAUAUAAGCUCACUUUUAAAGUCGAGCCAAUGUUUAAUUACAUAAUGAAAGAUACUUUCCCCACAAUUACAGAUUAUUGGAAACCAGCAAACCUCAAAAAUGAAGUAUUGAAUAAUGAUAGUCUUGAAAUUUUCUAUUGGCCAUUCAAUACACCAGGGCUUGCAGAAAGAAAUGAUAAACUUUGGGUAAAAACUUGCAAUAAAACCGAUUUGAAUGCCACAGAGAAUCAGGUAGAAUUGAAAUUGGCGUCAGCUUUCCAGAAUUUUGAACUCGAAUUUGGGGAUCAUGUUUAUGAACACGUUGCUAAAUUUCCGGAAUCUACUCCAUUCGUUUCUCAUCUUCUAUUUAAAGUUGGUGUUGAAUAUGAGAGUGAAAAGAUUGUACCAGCUCCUGAUGCAAUUCAUUAUCAGAGCGGUAUUGAUAACAUUCCUUGUAUGGACCUUGAGUUUGCCUUCAAAGUCAACCAU